GAACUAAUACCAUUGAAUCAAGACACUCCAGUUGGAGAUUUGUCCGUCCAAGGGCCUGAGAUUGCAGACUCCGAUGGUUUUGAAUUCGGGAAACGAAGGGACCCUAGACCUACAAAUUUCCGGUGCUGAAACGAUGGCGGUGGAUGAUGGGUCGGUUUCAAUGGGUAAGAAGUUUUCGGAGCGUCGUUUUCUGAGGAGGGUGCUGGGCGACUAUGGUAGUGACCCGGUCCGCAAGCUGUUGACGAUCGCGGUUCACGCGGUUCUUUUGGAGUCCGGUUUAAUCGGAUUCGAUUCGGUCUCGGGCAUGCGGGUCAACCAAUUGCACCUUGCGAACGGGUGGCCUUCGAAUUCGCGCUCGGUGUCGCUCUGGUAUACUCUGCCUGAGCUUCUAGGAAAUGGGUAUUGUAAUUCUGGCAAUGUUGUUGAACUUGAAAGUGUUGUUUCGAAGUUUCAGAGUUUAGGGCACUUGGUCAUUAUCCAUGGGUGUUUGGCUAAGGGCGGGUCGGGUUUGUAUCGGGUGUGUUUGAAUGGGAAUGGGUUUGUGCCGGCGAUCAAUUUAGCUAAUAGUGACGAAGAAACUAGGUACCCAGAAAGUGAGAUUUUAGAGUUUUGGAAGAUGGUGAAGGAUGGGCUCGUAUUGCCACUUUUGAUUCAUCUUUGUGAAAAGACCGGUCUCGGCGGUCCGCCGUGCUGUAUGCACCUGCCCCCGGAGCUUAAACUUAAGAUUUUUGAAUCUCUUCCCAGUUCAGAUCUCGUAAAGGUGGGAUACGUGUGUUCCGCACUGAGGGAUUUGUCUUCAGACAAUGAGUUGUGGAGACAGAAAUUUAUCGACGAAUUUGGAGGAGCACUUGGACUUGGCCUUCCACCGUGCUUUAGGCGUAUCUCCGCCGAGCUUAAACUCAAAAUUUUUCAAUCUCUUCACGGUGUCGAUCUCUUGUCCGGAUUGAGGAACUUGUCUUCAGAUAAUGAGAUUGAGUUUUGGAAACGGAAAUAUGAUGAUAAGUCUGGACGAGCAGAGGAAUGGAAAGGUAUUUUUGCUUUGUUUUGGGAGAGCAAGGAGAAGUGGAGGCGACAGUUCCGUCUAUUUCAAUAA